CUGUGUUGGUGAUCGUUCUGUGCGGUUCCUCGGCACAACAAAAUGGCUGCUCAAGAAUGGGUUGCCAGGCAGCGGCGCUAUGAUAAAGAGAAAACUGCAUUUCCUGCUGAAGAAGUGAAGGAGCAUCCACUCAAAGUUGGACAAAUCAUUACUGUUGACAAAGGCCAGAAAACUCCUGGAGCUUCAAAACAAGAGGAUGCCCCCAAGCCAGUCGAUCCAUUGUCUAUCACAAGUCAAGGGGAUGCAUUUGAUGGCCUGGACCCUCUGUCUAUGUUCAUGGCUGAGCAAACUGCAAGCAAGAAGACUCCAACAUCUGGCCCCAUGAGGGAGAGGGUGGCAUCGCUGAAAGGUGAAGAGUCAGGAAUGGGAGAAUUUGACCAUGACACAUUUGAACCAUGGUCCAGUAAGAGAAGCAGUAUAUUGACCAAGUAUACCACAUCUGAGAAACUCUCUAUCACAACUAGCUUCUUGUCUUCAUCAGAUAAAGACAAAAUCGUCAUUAAGCAGCAGACAACAGUAGCUGAUAAAGUUAAGCAUCGGUUGGAGCAGCUAGAUGAUUUUGAGGAGGGAUCAGUGAAGGAAAUGCUUAACCUCAGUCAGCAGGACUACGUGAAAAGGAUUGAGGAAUUAAAUCAGGCUUUAAUCUCGGCAUGGGAAAGUGAUCAGCGAGUCAAGGCAUUGAAAAUUGCAAUUCAGUGUGCUAAGCUGCUUGCAGAUGUGUCAGUGAUUCAGUUCUAUCCCAGCAAGUUUGUCUUAGUCACAGAUAUCCUUGAUACAUUUGGAAAGCUGGUGUAUGAGCGUCUUUUCAGGAAGUCCAGUGUAUUUAAUCCUGGCAGUAAUGUUCCAGUUAUGCUUCCUGAAAACUUCACACCUGACCAAGUCCCAGAUUCUGCCAAAGAAACAUGUCGUAACUGGUUUUUCAAGAUUGCUUCUAUCAGGGAACUCAUACCAAGAUUUUAUGUGGAGACAGCUAUUCUAAAGAGCUACAAUUUUCUUACUCAAGGAGAAUUUUCACAAGCUUUAGUCCGACUCACUAAGAUGAUCAGAGGUAUUGGAGAUCCUCUGGUUGCAGCCUAUGCUCGCUGUUACAUCUGUAGAGUUGGUAUUCUUGUGGCUCCAAAUGUAAAGGAACAUCUGAUUGAGAAUCUCUACAGCUUCAUCACUUGCUACCAACAGCUACAAAGUGAUACAGUUCAAAAUAUUUUAGCUGUUCAAAGACUUGAGAUGCAGCAGUAUUUACAUCUAUAUCCACCGGCAUUGGACUGGAUCUUACAGUGUGUGGCACACAAGUCUUCAGAGUCCAUCCUAACAGACAUUCUAAACAGAUGCAAGAAGGAAUGCAACAGUGCUCUGCUGUUAAACUCAGUCAUCUUGGCAUUCAAGCCCCAGUUUAUCUCUGAAAGGGCACUCCAGUUUACUGAACUCAUAAGAAACUGUGAAGAAGCUGGUUUUCCUAAGCAUCAUCUGUAUCGUUCUCUUGGUCUCAAUCUAAUCAUCUGUGACCCACCAGAGGACCAAAAACUAGCAAUACUUAGUGAGGUCUGGAAGGUUGUCAUGAAGCUGAAGAAUCCAGAGGAAUACAUCAGCUGUGCAGAAAUAUGGGUGGAGUAUCCUUGCAAACAUUUCACGAAACGUGAAGUCAACACRAUGCUGGGUGACAUCAUGAAACACAUGACACCAGACAGAGCAUUUGAACACUUUUACCCUCAGUUGCUGACGGUUAUCUCAAAGCUUCUUUCACAUAUGCAYGAUUUCUCGGCCCUCGUUUCUAUGGACAAAUUUUUGCCAUUCCUUGACAUGUUCCAGAAAGAGUCAGUCAAAGUGGAUGCAUAUAAGAUGAUUAUGGAAGCAUUUGUAAAGUACCAGCUUGAACCAACCAAUGACCCAGUGGUGCAGAAUGCCUUGAUGUUUGUCUGCAAGACACUUCAUGAUUCUGUCAAUGCCCUAACUCUGGAGGACGAAAGGAGAGUCAUUGGGAACCUUAUCAGUGGUUAUCUCAGAAAGGCUGACUUCGGUCGUGAUUUCGAGAAGCAGUUGGAUUUCUAUGUUGAUGCUCGAGCAUCCUUCUCCAACCUUGAUCCUGUCCUUGUCAUGCUUGUCCAGAGAGUUAACUUGCUGGCUUUACAAACAAGAGCUAUAGUCAAUGGAAAUCAUUCAAGAAAGACUGCUUCUUUUGUCAGGGCCUGUGCUGCAUACAGUUUUAUCACCAUUCCAUCCAUCAUGGAUUUUUUUACUCGGCUACAGUUGUACCUGUUCUCUGGAMAGGUAGCCAUGGCAAACCAGGCUCUUAGUCAAGCGGAUGCUUUCUUUAAAGCAGCAAUAAGUCUUAUACCAGAGGUACCGAAGACUAUAGAGGUGGAUCACAAGACAAAAGCAUCUGAACCUUACCUUCUGAACUUCCUGAACCAGUUCCUGUCAACUCUUUUAGUCGUACCGGAUUCCCCCGAUCAGGGAGUGCUGUAUCUAGCACGUGGUCUACUUAACGUUAUCCAGGAGUACACGUGGGAACUCAAUAGUGAUGCGAAGAUGACGUUAUACUUGAAUGCUGUUGGGCUUCUGUCAGCCCUUUGUCAGGAAAGUUAUCUAUAUCACAUCGAUAAAGUGGAUUCCAACGACAAGUUAUAUGGAUGUGACGUGAAGUUUGUAACAGAGGUCUGUAAGAUAGUCAGUACCCUCAUCCAGACCGUGUUUGACCACCUAAAGACACUUACCUCCCAUGAGGAUCUGAAGCGACAGGCAGCCAUUGCUCUAGGAUUCUUCAAUCGCAUGAUCUGCCAUGCUGAYAUCGGCAAUCCUGACCUUGCUGCUUUAGCUAUCAAUCUAUGGAAUCUUGCUCAGAAACAUGGAUUUGGUGGGACCAAAUACAUGGUCCGUACCUUGGAUUAUGUACAAAGCAAGGGAAAUGCAGGCUUUUCUGAAUUUACAGAAUUAGCAAAAAGGAUGCAUCUUCAGUCAAGAACAUAAAAAAUAUCAUCAUCAAAAUCACCUUUAUAAUACCCCAUUACCAUUAAUACCAUUUUAUUGUACAAUURAUAAUGCAUAAUAGACUGAUUUAUUAGACUUUUACCAAUAUUAAUAAAUGUCUUAGUCUAUUACUAGAUGAACAAGAAGAAAUGUGAAAAGCGACAAUUGAAAAAAAGACAUUUUUCAUUAAAAUUUUUCAACAAAAAUUAUAUUAAAUGAUGCAAAAACAGUGUGAAGCAAACUCAUAAGCUUCCAUUUCACUACACUGUAGAGUCUUGUUGGUGAAAUUGAAUCAAAUUUUCAGUACGAAAUCUCAAUAAAAAAUGAAUGAUUCAUAAA